AUGAAGCCGAAAAUGCGUCCUUCUGAGGGAAUUGUAACUCUCUACCCAAUAAAGAGCACGGGUUUUGAACUUAUUAAAGAUGUACCUCUCGUUGAGGAUAAAGAACUACUGAAUCGGUAUGGAAUACCGAUGCCUCCACGGUCGCUCCAUGUCUCUUUGAACGGCGUACAGGACACAUACACUCUUGUUAAGCAUGUCUUAAGAAGAUAUGAAAAGGUUCUUGUAGACACCGUUGAACGAGCAACAAAUGUUAAGUUCGACAAACGAAAGACUAUGCUAAUCAAGCUUAGUGAGUUAACAUGGAAAACGUGUGAUCGCCGGAUACUCAAAUCGGUAUUCAAAACUCUAUAUCCCUUCACGGGGCGUAGCUCACUGUUGACGGAGAAAAAGGAGACCCCACGCUGUUCGAACAAAACCGUGACAAUCUCCACGUCUAUCAACUAUUAUGGCAAGAGCACUGUUCAGCGAUGA